ACUCCUUUCUCCCUUCCAAUGGCGGAUUUGCCCUGCAAGCCGUCGAAUUGAUCCAAACUAUGGCGCUCUUCAGAACCGCGGCAUUGCUCGGACGGCGAAGCCCUGACGCCUUCAUUUCCCAUCCCAGUCUCUCACAAAGGCGACAUGUUUUCUCUUCAAUCCUUCGGAAAACUCAGUCUGAUCCUCCGGGGCAGCGGCUUGUUUCCUCGGAGGAGAACCGGGAGCCGGAAACGCCGACGAAGAUGAAGCGGUUGGUUGUAUUCUUCAAGGAGGCGGUUGGAUUGUCUCCCAGGACUGAAGAGUCCAUCGACGACAAAGAGAGUGGAAGCAGCGACUUGGGCCGGGAACUGAAGCAACUGGAGACGAAGCUCUGGAGCUCAAACAAGGAGCAAGACUCUCCGAAAGUCGAUACCGUAGUUGCAGCGAAGAAGGAGGUGGAGGAGAGGGAGAAGGAGAAGGAGAGGGAGAAGCAUACCAAGCCCGUGGCUCGUCGCUUAUCUGAUGUGUUUAGGAGCAGGACUAUAAGACGUGUCGUGUCGGAUCGGUUGCCCGAGUCUUCGGUGACUAUCGAGAAGCUGUCACCGGAGAUGAAGAUGUUUCUGAACCAUUUACACAGCGAAGGCUACUUCAAUGGCGCCAGUUUUCUGACGAAUGGGAAGUUGGAAUCAGGUUGGUAUAAGCAUAGUUGUGGCAGAGACUUCAUCAAGUCCGCCGCCGAUAAAUUCGGGAAAGACCAUCAGGAGAUCGCAAAGAUGUUGUCAGGCUCUGAGCUGAAAAAGGUUGCUCUUUUCGGUUGCCCUUCAGUUGCGAGGAAGACUACCUCUGCUGCUAAAAAACUGCGUGUUUUCUUCAGCAUUGCAGAACAAACUGUAUGCAGCAAAUGUGCCCUGAGAAGCUCCUGCAAGUUUGUGAAUCAGCAGUUCGGGGGAAGGGUUGCCAAGAUUGCCAAGAAUGAGUUAAGCUUGCUGGCUGUGUUGAGGGUCAUCACUUCGUACGCAUUGGAGCUGGUGCCGCCAAACUUGUCCGUACCGGAUGACUUGAAGUCAUCUACGAACCGGUUGCUGAGAGAUAUUGUCAAGCUGAGCCGAACUACAAUGACGGUCAAACUUAAGACAUAGGAACUUCUUGUUCAUGCAGAUGAAUUGAAUUUCACUGCUGGUCCAACUUCAAAUGGAUAAUUGAAGAUCCCCUUGAGGACGCAAUAAAAACCUGGAGGUGAUCGGGUUCGGGAAUGUUACGAGGAUGAGGCCAUCACAUGAAAUGGAUAGAAAUUCCAUUUUAACCACCGUAGAUUUUGUGAAGGAUUAAGGAGUUUUGGUGUUUGAAUGUUUGGUUCGAUUCUUUUGUUCUAAUGGAUUGUUCUAACUUGUUAAGAGUUGUACUGAAAAUUAGCUUCGUUUUUAUGUUAAUGGCGACAUACGAUGUGAUGAAACUUUUUUGAGAGCGAGUUAAUUCAAUUGAUGUUGUUAUUCCUAAAA